AUGCCUCCAUUCAGCACUGACAGAUCAAACGACAGAAGCCAUUGCCACACUUGUCGACCUUGUAGGGCGGGAAAUAUACCCACUUUGCCACGUGUCUCUACAUCCUUCGUCGCAGGAUACGUGGCAUGUGGUCGCAACGACAGGACAACUUGUUUCUUGGGAAAUCUCCAUGUACGUGGCAGUUCGGAGCUGCACCACCCCCCCAGGCUUCGAGCUCAUAAUCAUGUUCAUGAGAGGAGGUCGCAAGCGCACCUUCAUGCACCUGGGGACGAAGAGAAGGUGAAGAUGAGGAAGCAGAAGGCAGAGUCCAAGUCACAGGAAGCAGAGCAUUCUCCAAAGAAGCCCAAGCAUGAAGAAAGUGGAGAAGACGGCUACACCAACGGCAAAUCCGUCGCAGAUGUUGCAGCCGAAUACGAUGAGUUUUGCAAAGCCAUUAAAGAGCACCUUUCUGUUGAGCAAAUGCGACAAGUUCUUGAAGCUAACGGCCUCGAUUCUUCUGGCUCUGACCUUGAAAUUACUCGGAGAUGCCAGGAUGUGGUGUUUUAUGGUGCAUUAGAAAAAUGCCCGGUUUGCAAUGGAACUCUGGAGUUCGAUGGGAGACGUUAUUCUUGCAGAGGAUUUUACAGCGAGUGGUCUAGCUGCACUUUCAGGACAAGAGACCCUCCAAGGAAAGAGGAAGCCAUUAAACUACCAGAUUCUGUGCAGAAUUCUCCUGUUUCAGAUUUGUUGAAGAAAUAUCGAGACCCAAUUCGAAGGCCUCACAGGGAUUUAGGCUCAGCAGAGAAGCCUUUCACUGGAAUGAUGAUUUCUCUCAUGGGUCGUCUCACUCGGACACAUCAAUAUUGGAAAAAAACUAUUGAGAAGCACGGAGGGAAGGUGGCAAACUCUGUAAUUGGGGCAACUUGUUUGGUGGCUUCGCCUGCUGAGCGAGAGCGUGGUGGAACAUCCAAACUUGCAGAAGCCAUGGAGAGAGGAAUACGCGUGGUGAGGGAGGGUUGGUUGAUUGACAGCAUAGAGAAACAAGAGCCCCAACCUUUGGAAUCUUAUGAUCUUGUCUCUGAUCUCUCUGUAGACGGCAAGGGGAUACCAUGGGAUAAACAAGAUCCCGGAGAAGAGUCUAUUGAACCUCUUUCUGCUGAACUUAAGCUUUAUGGGAAAAGAGGAGUCUACAAAGAUAGCAAACUGCAGGACCAAGGUGGAAAGAUAUUUGAAAAAGAUGGGAUAUUGUACAACUGUGCCUUCUCUCUCUGUGACCAGGGACGAGGAUUGAAUGACUUCUGUGUUAUGCAACUGAUUAUGGUGCCAGAGAAUCGUUUGCAUUUAUACUGCAAGGAAGGGAGAGUGGGAGAUGAUCCGAAUGCACAGGAGCGGCUAGAGGAGUUUCAGAAUAUUGACAGUGCAGUGAAAGAAUUUCUGAGGCUUUUUUAUGAGAAAACAGGGAAUGAGUUUGAACCUUGGGAAAAAGAGAAGAAAUUCCAGAAGAAACCACUCAAGUUUUAUCCCAUUGACAUGGAUGAUGGAGUUGAAGUUAGACAUGGAGCUCUAGCUCUUCGGCAGCUUGGGAUAGCAGUAACACACUGUAAACUUGAGCCUUUGGUUGCGAAUUUUAUGAAAGUUUUGUGCAGCCAGGAGAUAUAUAAGUAUGCACUGAUGGAGAUGGCUUAUGACUCCCCUGACCUUCCAGUGGGCAUGGUUACAAAUCUUCACCUGAAAAGAUGUGAGGAGGUUCUGCUUGAAUUUAUAGAGAAGGUGAAAUCAAUGAAAGAGGGAGGGCCAAAAGCUGAGGCUGUUUGGUCGGAUUUUAGCCAAAGAUGGUUCACUCUGAUGCAUUCCACAAGGCCUUUCAAUUUCAGAGAUUAUCAGGAGAUUGCAGAUCAUGCUGCUUCUGCGUUAGAGUGUAUUCGGGACAUAACUGUGGCUUCUCAUCUCAUACGAGAUAUGACUGGCUCUACCAUUGAUGAUCCGUUAUCCGACAGAUACGAGAAAUUGGGUUGCUCAAUUUCGCCAUUGGAGAAAAACUCAAGUGAUUAUGACAUGAUAGUGAAAUACCUGGAGAAAACUUAUGAACCUGUCCGAGUUGGGGACGUUGAUUAUGGAGUGUCUGUAGAUAACAUCUUUGCGGUAGAAUCCAAAGCUUGCCCUUCCUAUGAAGACAUUGUAAAGCUGCCUAAUAAAGUUCUCCUUUGGUGUGGUUCACGAAGCUCAAAUCUUUUGAGGCACUUGCACAAGGGUUUCUUGCCAGCAAUAUGCUCCCUACCUGUUCCGGGCUAUAUGUUUGGGGGAGCCAUUGUUUGUUCUGAUGCCGCAGCCGAGGCCGCAAGAUAUGGUUUUACUGCUGUGGACAGGCCAGAAGGCUUCCUGGUUCUGGCCAUUGCUUCCCUAGGAAAUGAGAUUACAGAGCUGAAAAACCCACCCGAGGACACAAAAUCCUUGGAAGAAAAGAAAAAUGGAGUGAAGGGGUUGGGGAGGAAAAAAACAGAUGAAUCAGAGCAUUUUGUUUGGAAAGAUGACAUUAAAGUUCCCUCAGGUCGGUUAGUUGCCUCAGAGCACAAAGAUAGCCCUUUGGAAUACAACGAGUACGCUGUCUACGAUCCCAAGCAGGUGCGCAUAAGCUACUUGGUGGAAGUGAAAUAUGAGGAGAAAGGCAUGGUGAUGGACACGGCAGAGUGAGAGAGGAACAGAAAGUGACCCAAGAACUUUUUCCCUGAUGGAAGGUUCGCAGUGACGAGAUCGAGAUGGUGCUAUUUUGAUAUGUGUGUAUAUAAUAUAUGGUAAAAUAAGACGUGGUAUAGCAGUGGAAUAUCAUGGUUUCCAGGUUUUGACGUAUAUGUAGGUCAACGGACACUAACUUGUGGUGUAAGUAAAAAUGUUUUGUGCUGCUCUUGUAUCUCAGCGAGAGUUUCCAUUUGAUAAUCCUAGGCGACGUUAUUGUCGUCUAGCUGCGUGCUCCCGCAUGAUUGAAGCAACGGCUGAAUAGAAGGGAUCUUUUACUUUC